AUGCUGUGGCUGGCCUUUGGCCCCUCCCAUGCCAUGGAGAACCAGGUGCUGGUGAUUCGCAUCAGGAUUCCAAACCGGGGCGCCGUGGACUGGACGGUGAACUCCGGCCCGCAGUUACUCUUCAGGGAUGUGCUGGAUGUGAUAGGCCAGGUUCUGCCUGAAGCAACAACCACAGCAUUUGAAUAUGAAGAUGAAGAUGGUGAUCGAAUUACAGUGAGAAGUGAUGAAGAAAUGAAGGCAAUGCUGUCAUAUUAUUAUUCCACAGUAAUGGAACAGCAAGUAAAUGGACAGUUAAUAGAACCUCUGCAGAUAUUUCCGAGAGCCUGCAAGCCUCCUGGGGAACGGAACAUACAUGGCCUGAAGGUGAAUACCCGGGCUGGACCCUCUCAACACAGCAGCCCAGCAGUCUCAGAGGUACUUCCAAGCAAUAGCUUAAAGAAGUCUUCUGCUGAACUGAAAAAAAUAUUAGCCAAUGGCCAGAUGAAUGAACAAGACAUACGGUAUCGAGACACUCUUGGUCAUGGCAACGGAGGCACAGUCUACAAAGCAUAUCAUGUCCCAAGUGGGAAAAUACUAGCUGUAAAGGUCAUACUACUAGAUAUUACACUGGAACUUCAAAAGCAAAUUAUGUCUGAAUUGGAAAUUCUUUAUAAGUGUGAUUCGUCAUAUAUCAUAGGAUUUUAUGGUGCAUUUUUUGUAGAAAAUAGGAUUUCAAUAUGUACAGAAUUUAUGGAUGGGGGAUCUUUGGAUGUAUAUAGAAAAAUUCCAGAGCAUGUCCUUGGGAGGAUUGCUGUGGCAGUUGUUAAAGGCCUUACCUAUUUGUGGAGUUUAAAGAUUUUACACAGAGAUGUGAAGCCCUCCAAUAUGCUAGUAAACACCAGAGGACAGGUCAAGCUCUGUGACUUUGGAGUUAGCACCCAGCUGGUGAAUUCUAUAGCCAAGACGUAUGUUGGAACAAAUGCUUAUAUGGCACCUGAAAGAAUUUCCGGAGAGCAGUAUGGAAUCCAUUCUGAUGUCUGGAGCUUAGGAAUCUCUUUCAUGGAGCUUGCUCUUGGGAGGUUUCCAUAUCCUCAGAUUCAGAAAAACCAGGGAUCUUUAAUGCCUCUCCAGCUUCUACAGUGCAUUGUUGAUGAGGAUUCGCCCGUCCUUCCGGUUGGAGAGUUCUCCGAGCCAUUUGUACAUUUCAUCACUCAGUGCAUGCGGAAACAGCCAAAAGAAAGGCCAGCGCCUGAGGAAUUGAUGGGCCACCCGUUCAUCGUGCAGUUCAAUGACGGCAACGCGGCGGUGGUGUCCACGUGGGUGUGCCGGGCGCUGGAGGAGAGGCGGAGCCAGCAGGGGCCCCCCUGA